AUGAUAAAUAUAGAUUGCAGGGUGAUAGGGGAUUACAUAGUGGGUCCUCUGAUUGGAUGCGGUUCGUUUGCAGUGGUGUGGCGAUCAAGAAAUAGAGUUUCAGGUUUAGAGGUUGCGAUUAAGGAGAUUGAGAUUAGACAACUCAAUCCCAAAAUUAGGGAAAAUCUUCUCAAAGAGAUCUCUAUCCUUAGCACCAUCCAGCAUCCCAACAUCAUUAGACUCAUAGAAACAAUUGAAACCGAUGACAGGAUUUACCUUGUUUUGGAGUAUUGUGCUGGUGGGGACCUUGCUACAUACAUCCAGCGCCAUGACAAAGUUUCUGAAACUGUUGCACGCCAUUUCAUGAGGCAAUUGGCUGCCGGGUUACUGGUGCUUCAAGAGAAGAAUCUCAUUCACAGAGAUUUAAAACCAGAGAAUUUACUACUGACAACUACUGAAGCUAUGCCAAUUAUGAAAAUUGGAGAUUUUGGUUUUGCAAGGUCUCUCACACCCCAGGGAUUGGCUGAUACACUAUGUGGUUCACCCUAUUACAUGGCUCCAGAGAUUAUUGAAAAUCAAAAGUAUGAUGCCAAGGCUGAUUUAUGGAGUGUUGGAGCAAUAUUGUAUCAACUAGUAAUUGGGAAGCUACCAUUUAACGGAACUACUCAAUAUCAGCUUUUUCGAAAUAUUUUAGAAUCCACUGAAUUGUACUUUCCGCCAGAGGCCUUAGAAGAGCUACAUUCUGAUUGCUUGGAUCUUUGCAGAAAUCUUUUACGUCAAAAUCCAGAUGAGAGAUUAACAUUCAAGGCAUUCUUCAAUCACAAUUUCCUUCAGAAACCCAGGUCAACAGGGAAUGUUAAGCAGUUUCAUUUACAUCAAUCAGGUGGCUCUGUCUCCGAGAUGUCUCAAUCACAGUCUAUGUAUCAAAUUGUAGAUGCCACUGAAAGCAUGUUGUUGCAAAGAAAGGAUGUUUCCCCUUUAAUGCAGUCUAUCGAGAAAGAUUAUGUCCUUGUCAAUUCCCAUUUUGCAUCAUUGGAGACUUUUUCUGACUACUUUGAGGCAUCUGUGGAAGAUAAUUCCUCAGGCAGGAUUUCUCUCAUUCCUUCGAAGUGGACUAAUCUGGAGAUUGGAGUUGUGAAACAAACAAAGAAUCUUUCCUCUUCCUCCACUGAAGGAUUAGAGAAUUUAAAGAACAAUAAACUUGAGGCAUGUGUGGCAUCCUCUGAAUUUACUGCUUUAACGAAAGAGCAUGACAUUUCCUCACUACACCUUUCAAACAGGUUAGUGUUGUUGCAUCAUUAUGUGAAGAUCCUUGAAGAACUUUCACAAGAAAAGUGUAAUACAGGACUGUAUCUGGAGUCACUUGCAGUUGAGUUGGUGGUUUUGGCUAUAUGGAAAAAGGCACUAGAAAUUUGUAACUCUUGGCUAGUCUCCCUUGAUAAGAGUGAGUUGCCUGAAAGCAGUUCAGUUAAUGAAUCCAUAUCUUCAAUUGAUGUGGAUAUAUCACAAAAUACAGGACAGAAAAUAAAUUUUAGUGAUCCUCCAUCUGUCGCCAUGUGGGCAAAAUAUGAGUUUGUUGUUGCUGUUGAUCGUGCUGAGAAAUUAUCAUGUCGUAUUCAAAAUAUGGAUGGUAGGACUUCUUUAUGUUUCUGA